GAGGUUAGGUGUCCAAAAUUUUUUUAGUUACAGAGAGUUUUGAGUUACGUUACUGCAAAAAACUCUAACAACCACUGAUUGCAUAUCAACAGCGCAUGAUUGCUCCUUUAAAAUUUCUGUUCUUGUUUUGAAGUGUACGCAGAAUGUGAGCUUACAGUGUUCGUUCUUUUUUCCCCUGCUCGAAGACCCCUGUUCGCUAGAGAUUCAUAGUGCUCUUAUCGGGCAUUCACUGUCCCUCUAUCUAUUAUUUGCAACAUGGAAUCUGGGAACAACUUCGGUGUUCAAGCAACCAAUGACGAUGCGAGUCAGUGUAAAUUAUCUGCAAUUAAAUUAGGUUAUUGGAAGGACGAGUUCUUGCAAAGCAUGAUUGACAGCGGUCCUCGAAGAGCCCCAGAGAUCAAUAGAGGAUAUUUUGCCAGAGUCAGAGGAGUCGGCCUGUUGAUCGAGCAAUUUUUUGAGAGAGUCGGUGGAAAUGGACAAAUCAUCAAUUUAGGAUCUGGUUUCGAUACCCUCUUUUGGAAAUUAAAAAGCAGUAAUGUACCUUUCAAAAAAUUUGUGGAACUAGACUUCCCUGCUGUUACAGCAAGAAAAAUAUGGUCAAUUAAGAAGAAACCUCUCUUGGCUAAUAUGAUCCAAGAAGAAGGUGAAGAAGUUAUCUUCGAUAAAACAAACAUCCACUCAAAGAGUUACCAUUUAAUCGGAGUCGACUUGAGAGACGUGAAAGAUUUAGAUGCCAAACUCAGGAGUAUCAAUUUAGAUUUUUCUGCACCAACUCUUUUCAUAUCCGAAUGUGUUCUUGUCUACAUAGAAUAUCCUUUAGCACAGAACAUGUUGUCGUGGAUUUCCUCAACGUUUAUCUCUGCCCUUUUCAUCUGCUAUGAUCCAAUCAACAUGAGUGAUAAAUUUGGAGAGGUCAUGAUCAGUAAUCUUAGAGCACAAGGAUGCCACCUUGCGGGUAUUGAUGCUUGCACCAGUUUAGAAUCCCAGAAACAGAGGUAUCUUAGUGCUGGCUGGGACGGUGUGGAUGGAGCUGAUAUGUGCAGUAUAUAUGGAGCCAUUCCAUAUGCGGAGCGAUCUGUGAUAGAAAAAAUAGAAUUCCUUGAUGAACAAGAAUUACUAACGCAGCUUUUUCAACAUUACUCAAUUUGUUGCGCGUGGAAAGGGAAAGAACUGGAGAACAUCAGCAUCACAUAGCAAGUAACUCACUUGCUGAAUGAAAUAUGCUCCGAAGAGUUCCCUAAAAUUCUCAAGUUCUAAAUUUAUUUUCUUUUUCAAAAGUUUUUACUCAGAUCGUCCACCUCCUACCUCAACCACAAGUAUUCCUCUUCAUUCAGGAUGACACCCCAGCUGCUUAAAAAUUAUAGUUUGAAAAUGUUUUAAGCAAUACACUAAAGCUGACUUGACCUCUAGGAAGCUCCCUGAAGAAAAAGACUUAUCUCACUCAACAAAUUUCUGUUAAAAUCUCAAAGCAUUAAUGAUACCGCAAUGGUAAAAAAUUGAUGGUUAGAUGUCAACUGAUCUGUCUUUUUGCAGUAAUAGCUAUUAUUUUUCAUUAGCUUGAUCAACAAAAAAAGAGGUCUUGACCUUAUGUCUUUCGUUCUUCUCAUUAAGUUGAAAUAAAAGAUUUAACUUAAUUUCAGUUAGUGGUAGGGAUUUAAAAAAAUCUGUUUGGGAAUCGAGUUUUGCUUUGCUGGGAUGGUAUGCUAUGGUCAACAAAAAAUGCCUCUGUAAGUCUCCAAUUGAACAUUGUUUCAGUUGGACAAAUUCAUCUGAUGUGCCAGGGCUUCUAGGAUUAAUUUUUCCUCACAGUAAUAAAUCCUAGAGGUUGAAGUAGAUUGACUGAAGCAUUUUUCUGGAAAAAUUGUGACCAAUUAAAAUUAUUUGUAUGUGACAUCAAUAUCAUCAUCAUCCGUCAAUUGAUUUAUAUUUUUAUAUUGGUGCUUCAAAAAGCCUCAAGUUUUUUAAGCAGAAAGUUGAAAUCCGUAAGAACUUGUCAUAUUGAUGGCCAAAGUCAGAAACCAUGAAACUCCAUUGCGAUAUUUCAAAAUUACCGCUCCUAUUCAAUUUUUUUUAGAAAAAAGCCAUUCUCAUGACUUGUAAACACAAUAUUCUGUCAACACAGUAGCAUAAUUCAGACAAUUUUCAAGAAAUUAUACUGACUUGUUUUCCAAAGAAAAAAUAAAUUAUGAGGGAGAGUCUGCAUCGUCGCAAAAGGAGAUAUGUGGUUUCUCACUAUGGCCAUCAGUUGGGCAUGGUCAGUAAAAUUUUCAUUGUAUGUCAAUAAGUAUCAAGCGGCUUCAGUUAUUUUCUCUGUUAUAAAAAAGAACAGGAAUUAUGAACUUCUUCAAAAUCUGUCACAACAGUUAUGCUGGAAGACCCCUUUAAUUUCCAUUUUUUGAAAGUAGCAUCUUGUCCCACAUGGUUUUAUUCCCAUGGAUCUUGAUUUUUUUAGAGGUUUAGCUGGUGUUUGAGGAAUAUUGAGGUUGCCAUCAGAUUUAGAGGUUUUGAAUUCCUUAGCAAAAUUAUCCACUAAGCAAAUAUUUCUGAAAGUUUUAAAAAAUCAAUUAACUCCAUUAUUUUAAUGUUUGGCGCUGAGCAGAGGCCAAAAUAAUGUUAAAAUCAUGAACUUAUGUUGAGGGUUAAAACUCCUCAAAUCAUUGUCAAUCUUACGUGAUAUUGUUAUAACUUAUAUUUAGUGGAACUUUUUGUGCAUAUGAAAAAUCGUUCAGCAAGUGAGAGCUUGAAUUUAAUUGAGGGGGUCAAUGUGCAAGGGGCUGAAUUCUUUUGGCAUACCUAAAAGUCAAGUUUUGACUCGAAAAAAUGUAUUCGUAAUAUUGAACUUCCAAUGUUUUUUUGAACUCAUCAUUGAAGUUCAGUGUGAACAUUCAUAUUAUGAACAGUUUCCUUAUUUUUGUGCCUCCCUACAAGGUGAAUGAAUCAUUAUGAUCCAAGUUAUGUUGAUCUUGCUCACUGAUCACUUCAAGUUAAUUAUAUGUGAAUUCUUCAAUGCCUUGAUGACAUCUGAAUUUACACUAUUGAAUUUCCUGUAAGAGUCAUCAACCAGAUACCUCUGUAUGGUUUUUUCUAAAAACCUUAAGUGUGGAAAGCCAGAUACUCCAGGCAUUUCUCCAUGUUUUCCUAUAAUCAAGUUUCUUAAACAUUUCAAGUUCUCAGGUGAAGCUUAGUUAUACCUGCCAAGCCCAUCUUAUUUUUUUCCUUUUUAGGUCAAAUUAUAUUACAUUGCUAAAGGAGGAAGUACAGGUCAGGCUACAGAAAUACUUUUUCUGUAUGUAAAGUGUGCUCAGAAGAGUAAAACGUAACAUUUCAUCUUUAGAAGAGAAAAAUUGCAUUUCUGAGCAAAGAUAUUGAAGUGAGUUAACAUGACUCACUUAUUGAGAUGUUUGUAUAUUGAUAAUAUUUUCAUCUAACUCGGAAUAACUCUUCCAAAAUCAACAAGGUCAUUUAUAUCUCGUAACUUGUCAGCCGAUAACAUAUAAUUGUUGCCUUAGCCCAUGGGAACUAUAACUGGCCCAUUGCAAUAUCGCCAAAAAAAACUAAGAUACAGGAUAAAAUUGGUAUGUAUGUAUCAAAUUCUGUGUUUGGGUUGACAAUGGGUCAGUCGCACCUUUUUUUUUUUUUUAAGUUCAUUUCCUAAAAGCACAGAGUGAACUAAGCUCCAGGAUUUUUUUCAGAUUUGUUUUAAUCCUUAAUGGCAAAAAAACCGGGUGCCCUGUUGAUGUUGGAAGCUUAAGCUUAAUGUGAAGUUGGUCGAAUGAACGUUGAAUGUUGCGCCAUGAACCCCCAAUUCAUCCCUGCUUCUGAGAUGUAAUUUCUUUGUUCACAAUAAUUGUUCUGCAGAUACUGCUGCGCACCAAAAACAGAAUCUUCAUUCUCGAGUGCAUUCUAUACCCAAAAAGUUCAUUUCUGCUGUGCGGCCUGCCUCCCACUCCCCCCCUCCCCAAGCCAAUGAAAUCUUUCCUGAAAAAAAUAAUCUUCUAAUAGGGGUGCUUAGGCCUCAAAUUUUUAGAGUCCUCUAUAGGGACCCAAUGGCAUGGAACAAUCUCAUGAGACAACGACUUCAAACUUUUGGUUUUCUCGAACUUACCAUGAUCAUGUCAAAAUUAAGUAUCAAAAAUUUGCUAACCAGCUUCAGUUGGAAAAAAGGCAUUGAGUUUGUUUCAGGUGAAAAAUUAAUGUCGUAGUUUUCCAUCUUUCGUACCUAUCCUAUCAAUAAUGCCAAGAGCAGACAAAUAAAUUUGAUCAUAGUUUUCUGUGUUUCGUUAAGAAAGGUAUUUUCAUUUUGUGAUAAUCUUAUUUAUUUUGUAAGAAAUUUUUUGUUUUCCCUUCAAAUGUUGUGCAUUGUCUACUCUCUCGCAUAGAAACAGAUGAAAGCAAUCACAGCUCGAUCAAACUGUAGUUUGUGAGAAAAAACUGUCAUUUUUAUUGGAUGGAAGAGAAAAACUGCACCACAAAACUAUUUUUCCAUUUCUUCGAACUGCAGUGUCAUUAUAUUAUAAGCUAACAAAUAUUAAUCACUGAAGUAUUAUAGAUGCUCUGUAAAGGACUUCAAAAGAGAUAUUCAUGUAUGAAAACAAACUCUUUGUAAUUGGUAGUCAAAAUAUAGCAUACUUCAUGAUAGCUUCUCCUGAAUUUAAAUAAAAAGAUGGCACCGGCCUCAAUCGGUAACAUUAUAUCGACGAUGAAACUGCAAAAAUGCAUAUGCAGGUCUGCGACCUUGUUAGCUUCCUGCCAUACUUUAUUUUUUAAGUAAAAUAGAAAGCUUCUUGACACUAUAUCAUGAAAAACUUCCGUGGUUAUUUUCUUGGUGUCAAGAAUAUUUUGUGGAAUUUUCAAGCCAUAAUGUUGGUUUGUUCUCCCUAAGAAAAAUAAAAUUGGAGUGUGGAUUUUGUAACCCAGUAAAAAAAAAAAUAUGCGUUUUUGCAGUUUCACCAUUGAUAUUGUUUCAAUCAAACCACCUCUCAACAAGUAAGGCUCCGCUAUUAACUGAAUUAAUUCAUUCAACAUGGUUUCUGGUGUAAAUACAAGUGUUAUGUGUCUUGGAUUUCUGUUAUGUAUUACUUUGGCAAUAGCUUUCGAAUGCUCAAAAAGGGGAAAAAAACGGAGUGUAUUUGUAUUUCAUUUCAAAAGCCAAUUUACCUAUGUCAGUUUUUUAACCUAAUUUUUUUGAAUUCUCUAAUAUCUGUAACUGUAUUCUCCACUUUUGGUUGUUCACCUAUUUUCCUAUAGCUUAGCGAGAUGACCAAUCUUCAAUCAAUAACAACAACUUAUUUUCCUCUCCUUUUCCCCAUGUUACUCAUAUUUUUAAUAUUAGUUCAUAUCUGAUAGAUUUCAGUAAGAAGGGAGAUCUUUGAAAUAUUGCUGAUAAUGCAAUCAAAUUUAAAUUUUUUGUUUUUAGGAUCAAACCAAAGACGAACAGCCAAAGACUUUCAAAAAAAAAGUUUAUGAUUUCAUCAAGAUCUUGUCCGGAGAAAUGUCAAAGAGAAAAUGUCUUGUCAAAGAGAAUUGAAUGCUUCUUAAUUUUUUUGUUAUCGUAUAAUCAGUUAUAGAAAUUGUGUUAGCCAAUUGAACAUUUUAAAUCCUGUUGCAUGCUGUCUUAAUUUUUGUAUUUUUUUUCCUACGAAAUUGAAAUUAGAUAUAUUUGUGGUGAAACUAGACUAACUUCUACCUUGGUAAUGCUAAUAUCUAUAAAAUCUAACAGUUAUCUAAAAUUUGUAGGUGUCUAAAGAAAAUCAUACUAAUAAGUACCACUCGCUGAGAACUGUUGUUGGUUUUCCAGCCUGAAAUAAAAAUGUAUCCGAACUUUGCAUUCCUGAAAUCCAGGAUGUCCGCUCUUAUUUUACCACCAAUAUACAAAGAACUAUCCACCCCAUCUUUAUUAAAGAAAGAUAAGCAAACUUUAAUGCUUGAUAUGUAUACUGAAUAUUCUGCUAAUAGGGAAGAAUAAUCAAGAAAGUUUUGAAGAAAUUACGUUGACUUGUUUUCCAAAGAAAAAAUAAAGUACGAGAUACGUGGUUUCACACUUAUGCCAUCGAUAUGUAACAUCAGUAGGUAUGCUUUUAAUACAUUUCAUAAUUAUGAUGUCUAAGUAUAUGAUCCUAUUUUGCAUGCACCCAGAAACCUCAUCGGGAAUGAAGCUAGAGCACAACCUUACACAUGACCUCCAUCUUGAGUUGAAAAGUUAAGCUUAACGUUUCCAUGUGCCACAGCCUUUCUAGAGUGGAAAGUAAAAUUAUACUACAAUGUCUCCAAGUGAAUGUUCAGCAAAAAUGACCUUCGCUGAAAAUUAAUAAAUGAAUGAAUUGUUGUAUUGAAAGGUGCCUAACUCAGAAAAAUGAAAAAUUCGUAUAUUGCAGAAAAAGAGGUUUAAGGGUUUUAAGAACGUUUACCCCCCAAAAUUUUAUUUGUCAUCUUACAUUACCUAGAUAGACAAGAGACUUUUUUUUUUUAACUUCAAAGUUUACUGUUGCACUAAGAAGGGACCUGAAAUUUUUUAUGUUUGGGUACAAGCUCUUUUUGGCAACUAAAUAACAUGUACCAAAAGCAUUUUUUACUCAUAGAAUUCUCUCGGCUGAAUUCAGUUUGUUUCAUUUUAUGGAUUUUAUUUUCCUAAGUUGGGUGCAUUUCAAAACAAGUGAUUCGCAUACUAUCCAUGCAUCCAUUAAAAUAAUUUAAAUUAGAAACAAGAUCCAAAUAUGUGAAAUCAGAUUGUAGUGAUAAUCGCAUCACAGUCUACAACUCAUCAAGUGGUGCAAUAAUUUGUUAACGUUUUCUACAUUUUUUAAGUGUACAGGUUAUCUUUGACACUUUGAUUUCUUCAUAAUAAAGUGCUUCUAAUCAA